UAUACUACCACUAUAACAGACGUACAGAUUAAUUCAAGCAGCCCUUUCUUAGCAGUUAAAGUUGCUCUUUAUUACUUCGUCUCUGAAGAUUGUGACUCUGACCACGAUAUCUAGGACUGAACAUGGGAUACGGACUGAAAAAGUUGUCCUUGGCGCUCUCUACCGUGGUCAUAGCAUAUUUACUUAUGUACAGUGGAACCAAGUUUGAUCCAGCCGACGUCCAAGACAAGAAAGUUCUGAUAACAGGAGCGUCGUCUGGAAUUGGAGAACAGAUGGCGUACCAUUUUGCCAAGAUGGGAGCAAACCUGGUCUUGACUGCUCGCAGAGAGCAUCGCUUAAAAGAGGUUGUGGAAAGGUGUAAGAAACUGUCUCCCAAACCAACUGCUAAUCAUGCCUAUAUUGUCGCCGACAUGAGGGAGCUAGACAAAACGAAGAACGUUAUAACGUAUAGUGUGGACAGUCUGAAAGGUCUGGACAUACUGGUACUUAACCAUGCCAGGAUAUCCGUCUCCAACAUGUGGUUUGGGAGCCAGCAGAACCUGACAGAUAUGGCAAUGGAGAUGGACAUCAACUUUAGAUCAUACGUGCAACUCGCCUCACAUGCACUUCCACACUUACUGAAGAGCAAAGGGAGGAUUGCAUUUGUUUCCUCUACAGCAGAAAAGGUCCCAGUGCCAGGAAUGGCAGUGUACACGGCGUCAAAGCACGCAAUCCAAGGGUUCUUUGGUGUACUUAGGCAAGAGAUGGUGAUGAGAAACACAGGUGUUUCCGUCACUUCGUGCAUAGUGGGCGGGACCAGAACAGAAAAUGUGAUGGAGUUAUUCAAACAGAAAUUUGGAGAGGAAAAGUUGAAGGGGCUUAACUUUGCGGAUCCAACAGCGGUUGCUUUGGAGAUCGUCAAGGCAACUGUUGCUAGGCAAUACGAAGUGUUCACGAGUUCCGAUAAAUGGUCAUCAAUAUUGAUGUUCCUCGGAAAAAUAUCACCAGAAUUUGCUGACCAAGUUACUCUGAAAGUACUUUUUGAGUAGAGAAACAGUGACUGAGAAAAAUGCAAAAUAUAAACUUGAAAUGUAUUAAUAAAAUCGUACUGCAUAUUUUGCCUUUGUUAAACAAUACAUAAGAAUUAUUUUAUGGAAAAUAUGUAUGAUAGAUUUUUAGAAAUAAAAAAGUGUUUUGCGUUUUUACACAAGAGGGGUCUUGGGA